AUGGGGACUUUUGACGGGCUCUCGAACUUAGAAUACCUCUUGCUUGAGAACAACAACUUGGAGAGCCUUCCUGAGGGAAUCUUUAAUGGACUCUCAAGGUUGGGACAACUCAAUCUUUACAACAAUGAACUAUCGAGUCUACCUGCAGCAAUCUUCAACGGGCUCUCAAAUCUGCAAUACAUUUAUUUGUACAACACCAGAAUAUCGAGGUUACCUGAAGGAAUCUUCAAUGGGCUUGGAAGAUUGGCCAUUCUGCGUUUGCACGACAACGAGCUGGAAAGUCUACCAGCAGGUUUAUUCAAUGGGCUCGGGACUCUGCAAUAUCUCUAUCUCAACAACAACCAGCUGAAAAGCCUUCCAGCAGGAAUCUUCAGCGGGGUCUCGUGCGUGCAGUACCUUGGUCUCAAGGGUAACGAGCUAUGGAGUCUUCCUACCGGAAUCUUCAACGGGCUCUCAAGUUUGCAGGAGCUUGAUCUUGGCAACAACAAUCUAGAAAGCUUGCCUACAGGAAUAUUCCAGGAACUCUCAAGCUUGCGGAAUGUGCAUUUGGGUUACAACAAGCUCAACAGCUCGGCAGCAAGCUUGCCUACGGGAGUAUUCAACGGGCUCUCUUCACUGUGGUCCAUAGAUCUUGGGCAAAACAUGUUAGAAAGGCUGCCUACAGGGAUAUUCGACGGGCUCUCAAGCUUGGGGCGGCUUUAUCUUGACGGCAACACUCUAAAGAGUCUACCUGCAGGAAUCUUUAACGGCCUGUCGAGGCUGUGGUAUCUUGAUCUUCAAAACAACGAGCUGCAGAGCUUACCUGCAGGAAUAUUCGAUGAUAUCUUGAAUAUUUGGUUUCUGUACCUCAACAAUAACUCACUCUCAACUCUUCCUGCUGGAGCUUUUGACAGCGUGCCGUACUUGGGAAAUCUAUUCCUUGAUAAUAACAAUCUAGAAAAUCUUCCUUCGGGAAUUUUUGACGGCCCUUUCAGAUUGGGGACUCUA